AUGUCUUCUGGAGUUGCAUCAACACAAGUACAAGAGAACAACUUACUCUCCCAUGAAAGUGGUAUCAAACCAUAUUUCGAACAAAAGAUUCAAGAGACAGAAUUAAAGAUUAGAGCAAAGACCGACAAUGUGAGAAGAUUAGAAGCCCAAAGAAAUGCGCUAAACGAUAGAGUUCGUUUCAUUAAGGAUGAGCUACGUUUAUUGCAAGAGCCUGGUUCUUAUGUCGGUGAGGUUCUAAAAGUAGUUUCUGACAAGAAGGUACUAGUAAAAGUACAACCCGAAGGUAAAUAUAUUGUCGAUGUUGCAAAGGAUAUCAAUGUCAAAGACCUGAAAGUAUCACAGAGAGUCUGUUUAAAGAGCGACUCAUAUAUGCUACAUAAGAUUCUUGAGAACAAGGCAGAUCCAUUAGUGUCUCUUAUGAUGGUAGAAAAAGUUCCAGAUUCUACAUAUGAUAUGGUUGGUGGUCUAACUAAACAGAUCAAGGAGAUUAAGGAAGUUAUUGAAUUACCCGUAAAGCAUCCUGAAUUAUUCGAGAGUCUGGGUAUCGCUCAACCAAAGGGUGUCAUAUUGUAUGGUCCUCCCGGUACAGGUAAGACAUUACUGGCAAGAGCUGUAGCACACCACACCGAUUGUAAAUUUAUCAGAGUAAGUGGUGCCGAGUUAGUACAAAAAUAUAUUGGUGAAGGUUCACGUAUGGUCCGUGAAUUAUUCGUGAUGGCUAGGGAACAUGCACCUUCUAUCAUAUUCAUGGAUGAAAUCGAUUCUAUUGGGUCCAGUCGUGUUGAAGGAUCUGGUGGUGGUGAUUCUGAAGUGCAAAGAACCAUGUUGGAAUUACUAAAUCAGUUAGAUGGGUUUGAAACAUCUAAGAAUAUUAAGAUCAUUAUGGCUACAAAUAGACUAGAUAUCCUAGAUCCUGCAUUACUAAGGCCUGGUAGAAUAGAUAGAAAGAUUGAAUUCCCACCUCCAACUGUAGCUGCUAGAACUGAAAUUUUAAGAAUUCAUUCAAGAAAGAUGAACUUGACGCGUGGUAUCAACUUAAGGAAAAUCGCAGAGAAAAUGAAUGGUUGUUCAGGUGCAGAUGUCAAAGGUGUAUGUACCGAAGCUGGUAUGUAUGCUUUAAGAGAGAGAAGAAUACAUGUCACUCAAGAGGAUUUUGAAUUGGCAGUUGGUAAGGUCAUGAACAAGAACCAAGAAACUGCAAUCUCUGAGGCCAAAUUGUUCAAGUAG